AUGGGCUUAUUCGAUAAAAUCAAGUCCAGUCCCAGGCGUAGUCGACGCAGUGCAGGGACUCCUGCGACCGAACCGCCAACUCCGCCCCACUCUACCGGUCGCGAUGUUACUAGGAAGCUUCCCCGCGCUGUGUUGGCUCGCAUAUUUGGUUUCAUCUGUCCCCAUGCCUUCGAUUAUUCCUAUGAGACUUCGGAGGACUCGAUGACCGAUGGAUGCAUGCUAUGUGACAUGCGAGAUCUGGCACACUGCACUCAAGUCUGUAGGCACUGGUAUCCUGAGGCACAUUUACUGUUAUAUACGAAUGUCCGAAUUGACACAGUUCAUUACUGCGAGCUCGAAGUCACCUUAGCUGCGAAACGAAAACGACGAUCUUUCUUUGACCGUAAUGGCGACGUCGAUGCACCCCAAGUCCGCCUCGAGCUAUUUAUGCGCGCCGUUCGUGAAUCACGGGAUCUGGGAAAGCUGGUCUUAUCCCUUAGAAUGCCCUAUAUGACCCGCGAGGCCAAUAAGCCCAAUAUUGCCCGAACCAUCUCGGUACUUCCUUUACUUCGCUAUGUCGAUCUCCCGACCGGACUGUUUAGCGAUGAGGCGUCAUGUAUAACUCUGAAGCAAGAGUUAAUGGCUUCUUGUCCGGACCUGCGACAAAUGAGCUAUAGACAUGGAGCCGAAGGAAGCUUUGCGCGACUUCAUGAAGCUUCGCGCUGGACAAAUUUGGAGAAAUUAGAGCUAUCGGGCUUACACAUCGAUGCGGGGAUCCUUCGCAAUGGUCUCGCAGCAUUCGUUAGGCUGAGAGACCUCACCUUGGAAGAUCUUCCAUGGCUUGAUGACUCUGCUUUUGAAGCUAAUUCAACGUUGCCUCCCUUUCCUGCACUGGAGCUACUCACCAUCCGAGAAACGCCCCAACUCACAGCGAAUGGGCUCGUUUCGUUCCUCUCCGCACCGAGUACUCGCUCUGCGUUGCAAGACCUCCGUCUUGUGUCUACAGGCGUGCUCCCAUCCACCCUUCACCGUAUUCUUGCAGCGGCGCCGCAGCUCCGCAAUCUUUCUAUCACGCAGGAAGUCUCUCGCUCGUUCCCCAAUGAGCAAAUACCGCCUCUAAAAUCGCAAUCAUUGCGGCUCUUGCAUUAUGAAAUUACCUCUGAGGUAGAGACCCACGGGCUACCCCCAGCAGCAAACUCCUACUAUACAUAUCUGAUUUCAUGUCUAAUGUCUCGAUGUUUACCCUCACUCCGUGAUAUCUAUGUCCGCGACGCACAAUUCCCCGAUACCCUCUUGCUCGCCCCUCCUCCCCGACUUUUUGGUGGUGGAGAGAGUGGUCCUCGAAGGGUUGGUGGACUUUCCCAGCCGUUGAAUGUCUAUAGUAAAGGUCUGGAUGAACUGGAAUGGAACUUUACUCCAUAUGAGCCGGACUCUGGGUUGGGUCAUCAUAGUUCCAGGACCCGUCCGGUGAGCUUCCAGGAAGCUCAGUUGAACCGGUCCUGGGGAGGUGAAGCGCGUAAGAGUGUGCUUGUGGGUAAUGGGUUUGGUGGAUUCCUGGCUGUACCGGAAGAUGAUGAUCGACCGAAGAGUAGUGGGGGUUAUAAGCGAGCGAGUCGACAGGAUUUGUGGCGGUGA